AUGGCGGCCCCGACUGCUGUGACUUCCAGUGCUGCUGUGGAUGUUGUUCUCCAUCAGCAGGUGCACAUCUACAUCAUGCCUGGUGCUGAGACCGAUUGGACGCCUUCACUGAAGAGCCGCAGUUGUGCUUUGAUGGCAUUCUUGUCAUCGUGGAUGAUGUGGCUUGACCACCUUCCAGCCAAUUACCGUUCAGAUGAUUUGCCGCUAUUGUUCUCUUUCGUGCUGUCGUUGAACUUCAAGCUCAGUGUGACUUUUGGAAGAAUCGAGCUGCGCCAGCGACUUGACCUUCUGAGGGAGCCACUGUCUCCUGAUGUUUUUGUCAAGUAUGAUGUCUUUUUGGGCAGUCUGUCUUCAGAACUCGACAGAGCUGGACCUCGUAUUCUCCAAUACUGGUUAAGUUUGAAUGUUGCAGACGGGAUCGUUUUUGACCAAUUGGUGCAUGCCAUUUUGCAUUUUGGCCUUUGCUGUGCCGAUUUUAAUGGGCUUGACGAAAAGGCUUUCAAACUGAUGUUUGAUUUUGCUGGUACCUUGGCAACUGCAGUGAACGGACCGCAAACCAUGGAGUCGGAGGCGGAGAAUCCGCCUUCAGAUUCAGCAGAGCCUUUGGCAUUGGACCAGCAAUGAUUUU